GCAUACCGUCGUCAUUGCGAAAUCAAUGAAACUGUAUUUAGGGCUCCCAUAACUCUCCGAACGACCAUUGAUCGAUCAGAAUCCUUCAUCUCACAAAUCACUUGCAUACUCGUACAGAAUUCGUGAUGUCUAAGAAAAACAAUCUGAACUCGGUCAAAGAGGCCCAGAAGUUCAAGUUUUCGCUUCAUUUGACUUCUCCCAUAAUUACAGUCACGGUUGGCAAAACAAACACGCUAUACAUCCAUUCUCAUUUAUUGAAAAACGAAUCAGAAAGACUUUUGAAGGACUUGGAAGGGGGUUUCAAGGAAGGCGCCGAGAGCGCCAUCGAGCUGGAAGACGAAGAUCCCAACCUCUUUGGAUAUUUCGUCGAAUACCUUUACCGCGACUGCCUGAUCCUCUCCCAGAACGUGGAUCAUUACUCGGCGUACGUCACAUUGGCGCGCCUCUACGCCCUAGGGGAACGCCUCAUGGCACCAAAGUUCCAGGCCUACGCUCUUUGGCGAUUCUCCCACUCCCUCGCAACCCACACGCUUAUUUCAGAAGAGAGCAUUUGCGAGUUGCUCCGGAUCGCGUGCACGGAAAUCACCGAAAGGGCGAGAGAGGAUCCCAUGAGAUCCCAGAUCUUCUGGUACGUGGGGUUCAGAAUCUCGGAUCUGCAGAAGUUCGACAUGUUCCGCCAGCUAUUGUGCGAAAUCGAGGAGGCGGGAAAGCAAAUCUGUCUUUGGAUGAAUCGAAGUCAGCCCGGAAAACCAGCUGAGCCAAGCGAGCUUCAGUACAAGAGGUUCGCGCCGGAAAGCGAGUUCGAUUUGAGCAUCGCCGAGGUCAUGCCGGGAAAGCAAUAGGCGUCAAGAUUGACUUCUCUUGGCUUUGUCUAAACAAUCAGGCCAGGUUGAACGGUCUGGAGCAAGUGGAGCCAUUGGAGUCGCGAGUCCAUAGCAAUGAGUUGUACUGUGUCACAAGAGGAAAAGGAAAUCUGCUUAUAUACAUCGUAU